UUUGUCUCAGUGGAGAUUGUUGACUCUGUGGAUGCCUAUGCUGAGAUGCUAAGGGGCAUCUUUGACUUUGCUGCACUGAAGGAGCUUCUCUCUGGAGCCAAUCACAUUAAUGUGCGCCUGGAUGCUAUGCAUGGAGUGGUUGGUCCUUAUGUGAAAAAGAUAGUCUGUGAAGAGCUGGGUUCUCCUGCCAAUUCAGCAGUCAACUGUGUCCCGCAGGAGGACUUCGGAGGCCACCACCCUGACCCCAACUUGACCUACGCUGCUGACUUGGUCAAAACCAUGAAAGGAGGAGAAUACGACUUUGGAGCCGCCUUUGACGCAGAUGGC